AUGAAGCCCGCUUUUUGGCUUCUUCCUAGCCUUGUGGGCGCCACUUGUCGGCCUCCACAGUAUCCACUUCCAAUCGAUAAAUGUCCUGGAUACAAGGCUUCGAAUGUCCAUGAAUUAGAGAACAUUCUCAUUGCGGACUUGCAACUCGCGGGGCAGCCAUGUAAUACCUACGGCCAAGACUUGAAGAACUUGAGGCUUCGAGUCGAAUAUGAAACCGAUUCACGACUUCAUGUGAAAAUUCAUGACCCUGAUGAGGAUAUUUACCAGGUUCCGGAGUCGGUGUUUCCUCGCCCACAUCUUGAAAGGGGAGAUCACAAAUCUCUACUGAAGUUUUCUUACGUGGAAGCCCCUUUUUCCUUUUCUGUGUCACGAAGAGGCAGUGGCGAGGUUCUCUUCGACACAGCAGGGACCAAUCUCGUCUUUCAAUCGCAAUAUUUGAAUUUUCGUACUUCGCUACCGACAAACCCAAAUCUCUAUGGUAUGGGCGAACACACCAAUCCCUUCCGUCUGAAUACCACGAACUAUACUGCAACUUUAUGGAAUCGCGAUGCAUACGGAAUCCCUCCAGGGACCAAUCUGUAUGGUGACCACCCCGUCUACAUAGAUCACAGAGGUGAAUCCGGUACUCAUGGUGUAUUCCUCCUUAACUCAAACGGAAUGGACGUCAAGAUCAACAGAACUGAAAAGGAUGGUCAAUAUCUAGAAUAUAAUUCUUUAGGUGGGAUCAUUGACCUUUACUUCUUCGCGGGGCCGACUCCCAAAGAAGUUGCGUCUCAAUCCGCUCAGGUGGUGGGAUUGCCGACCAUGAUGCCGUACUGGGGAUUCGGGUUUCACCAAUGCCGCUAUGGGUAUCGGGAUAUUUUUGAUAUCGCCGAGGUGGUCUACAACUACAGCCAAGCGAAUAUUCCCCUUGAGACAAUGUGGACCGACAUUGACUAUAUGGAUCGUCGAAAGGUUUUUACCCUAGAUCCCAAGCGGUUUCCGAUAAAGAAAGUUCGGGAGCUCGUGGACUACUUACACGAGCGUGACCAACAUUAUAUUGUAAUGGUUGAUCCGGCCGUGGCUUAUUCUGAUAAUGGGGCAUUCAACAGGGGUGCUGAGCAGGGUAUCUUUUUGAAAAAAGCUGAUGGUUCUAUAUACAAAGGUGUCGUAUGGCCUGGUGUGACGGCUUUCCCUGACUGGUUCCAUCCAAACACGGAAAACUACUGGGUGAACGAAUUUGCCCAAUUUUUCGACGCGCAAACAGGUGUAGAUAUCGAUGGCCUAUGGAUUGACAUGAAUGAGCCUGCCAAUUUCUGUACCUACCCUUGUGAGGAUCCAGAAAAGUUCGCCAUAGAUAACAAGUUCCCUCCUGAACCGCCUGCGGUGCGACAGAUUCCGCGACCCAUUCCAGGACUUCCAUCGACCUUCCAGCCGCUCCAUAGUGGUGCCAAGAGAGCCGGUGAACACGGCCAUAAAAUGGGCCUGCCAAACCGCAAGCUGAUAGACCCGCCGUAUAAGAUAAAUAAUCAAGCAGGGUCCAUCAGCAACAAAACGGCGGACACCGAUUUAGUCCAUGCAAAUGGAUGGGUUGAGUACGAUGUCCAUAACAUUUACGGAAGCAUGAUGAGCCGGGUAUCUCGUACUGCAAUGCUCAGGAGACGACCGUCCGUGAGGCCAUUGGUUAUUACGCGUAGUACGUUUGCAGGUGCCGGAAAGCAUGUUGGCAAAUGGCUCGGCGAUAAUCUGAGUACCUGGGAAAAGUACAGGACAUCAAUUGGGCAGAUGCUUGCUUUUGCAUCCAUCUUCCAAAUACCGAUGACGGGGAGUGAUGUUUGCGGCUUUGGAGGCAAUACAACUGAACAACUUUGCUCCAGGUGGGCGAUGCUUGGUGCAUUCAGCCCGUUCUACCGCAACCAUAACGGCAUCGACUCUGAAUCCCAAGAAUUCUAUCGAUGGAAAUUGGUCGCAGAAGCCGCCCGGAAAGCGAUCGAAAUCAGAUACAAGCUGCUCGAUUACAUUUACACGGCAUUCAACCGGCAGGCAAGGACCGGUGAACCUCUCCUUAAUCCGCUAUUCUACCUUUAUCCUAAGGACCCAAAUACCUUCGCGAUCGACCUUCAAUUUUUCUACGGAGACGCCAUCCUAGUCAGCCCGGUGACAGAGGAGAAUUCCACGAGCGUAGACAUCUAUCUGCCAGACGAUAUCUUCUAUGAUUACUACACUGGCAAACCAGUCCGCGGCGAAGGCAAAUCCGUCACUCUCCACGAUGUUGAUUUCACCCACAUCCCUCUCCAUAUCCGCGGUGGAAACAUCGUCCCGCUCAGAGCUAAUAGUGCCAACACAACCAAAACCCUCCGUGAGCAACCCUUUAACAUCAUCAUUGCGCCAGGUCUUGAUGGCGAUGCCACCGGAAGCCUAUACCUCGACGAUGGUGAAUCUCUAGAACAGAAGCAUACAAUGGAUAUCAAAUUUUCGUAUAACAAAGGGCAAUUCAAAAUGGAGGGCAAGUUCGACCCCAAAGCCAUUGGCCAAUUGAAAAUUGCGUCUAUCUCCGUGCUUGGUCAUAAUGGGAAGGCAGCUGAAUUUAAAAUGGAGGGUGGUGAGGGCUCUCAGUACGAAUAUAAUGCCGAAACUGAGGUAUUUUCCACGAGAGUUGACUGGCCGUUGACGGGGCCGGCGCAAUUGAAGCUUUCGUGA